AUGUUGUCCUUUGAGUCCUUAUCUCUACAAGAGGAGGACUGUACUGAGCCGGGCUGGGCCCACAAUGAGUUUGAAACAGACUUGGAGUCGGAUGAAAACGAAGAUGGCACUAGGGAGAUGGGCACUGCUGAAGUGUACCUGGAGGCCUGCAAGCUGCUGGGGGUGGUGCCUGUCUCUUACUUUUUGAGAAAUCUUGGCUCCACAACAGUUAACCUCAAUCACCAUGGACUGGGGCCUCUGGGCUGCAAAGCAAUAGCAAUUGCCCUUGUGACUGACAUGCAAAUCAACAAACUGGAACUGGCCCACAAUGGCAUUUUAGCUGAAGGAGCCAGUUAUGUGGUGGAGAUGCUGAGGGCCAAUCUGACUGUUCAACAUGUGGAUUUAUCUCACAACAGGCUCCUGAGCGCAGGGGCCCAGUGUGUGGCCAACCUGCUACUGGACAACAUCUCUCUGAAAUCUAUCAGAUUAUCAGGAAAUGGUUUUAUUGAUGAUGAUGGUAAAUACUUUGCCGAUGCUUUGCAGACUAAUUCUAGGAUUAAGGAGCUGGACUUAAGCCACAAUGAGUUCUGUGGAAAAGGAGGAGAGCACUUGGGACAUCUUCUGGCGACUAAUGAAGGAUUAGAGAAGCUAGAUCUGAGCUGGAACUACCUCAGGAUGAAGGGAGCUGUCGCCCUCUCUGCAGGGCUUAAGGUAAACGUGAUGCUGAAAAACCUCGACCUGUCGUGGAACGGAUUUGGAAAUGAAGGAGCCCUGGCCAUGGGAGAGGCCCUCAAGUUCAACAACACCUUAGUUAGCCUCAACUUAAACAACAACCGUCUGACCAACGAAGGCGUGGGCAUGCUCUGCAAAGGCCUGGAGUUCAACGACACGCUCAGGGUUCUGCUGCUGGAGUACAACUCUAUAACAGUAGAGGGCGCUCUUGCACUAGUCAACGUGGUGAAGAGCAGCCACAGAAACGCUCUGGAGGAGAUCAACAUCAGUAAUGUGCUCGUCAACGAGACCUUCGUGCAUCUGCUGGAGCUGACCUGCCAGGACCACCCCAGUCUGGACGUCCAGUAUGGGGGAGUGGGGGGAUUUAUAGCAAAAAAGCCUCCGAAACGUAUCGACCCAAUGAAAGUCAUCCAGGACUAUUUGGAUGAGCGCAAGCUGAGACUUUGGGAUUUCUUCCGGAACAUAGACAAAGACGGCACCAUGAGGGUCCCUGUGGCCGAGUUCAGGAAGGCUGUGCAGCAAUCCACCAUUCCUUUGGACCGGUAUCAGAUAGAAGAGCUGAUACAAAGGCUUGACCGUGACAAGACAGGCAUUGUAGACUACCGGGGUCUCGCCGACACCAGGAAACAGAUGAUGAGAGACCACCGCCGCCACUUGAAGAAGGUGGAAUCCCGGCAGAAGAAGGAGAAGCAGAAGAGCGACCGCAUCCUGAAGACCUUCCAGACUGCGGUCGAGGCCAACACCCCGCACGAAUCCAUGGUCAUGUCUCCCGGGCCCCACAAGGACGACUCCGGCGGCCCCCAGCCCUUCUCUGCCACGCCCCUGAGCUCCUGGCACCACAUCGCCAUGUCCCACAGCUCACGCUACCUCAGCAACGACCACGUCCACCUGCCCAUGUUGGGAAGCAGCUCUCAUUAUCACAGGCCCAGCAGCUCCCCGGGUAUGAGGGCCUACUCUCAGCCCAAUCUGUUGGACUCGGCCUUCACCUCCAGGGGGAAGUCCAUCUCUGCCCAGGGGACGCGCUCAGACCCAGAGAUGAGCAGACACUCGGCCUUCACCAGGUCCAGGCCGGCUCUUGAGCCCAGACCUCCACAGGGAAAGCCCAAGACCAAGAAAGCAAAGAAGAAAAAAGUCAAGAAGAAGGCGCUCAAAGGCCUCACGGGACCUGGUCUGGUCCACACAGAGGCUGCUAUGGCGAAGAGGGACUACCUGGUGGAGGCGGCCAAGCAGAUCCGCAUGGCCCUGGACAGUGAGGUGAACGAGGACUACGAGGCGGCGUUCAGCUACUACAAGAACGGAGUGGAUCUGCUGCUCAACGGGGUCCAGUUGGAUCCAAACAAAGAACGCCGGGAGGCCGUGAAGCGAAAGACAACGCAAUACUUGAAAAGAGCUGAGGAAAUCUUCAUCACACAUCUGCAAGACAACCUCGGAAAGGGAAGCGCGCAUCUGGGGGGAUACAGCAGUCUCCGAUUCCGACCCAUCAGGCACUUGAGCUCGCCUGUGGAAGAUCUGGAGAUGUGCAAGGUGGUGGGAGUGUCCGAUAAGGUCCUGGUGGUGCAGAGUAUGGUGAACAAGGAGACAUUUGUUGUUAAGAGUUUGAUGAAGUCGAGUUGGGAGAGCAGAGACCAGCCAACCAUCAUCCCCCAGGGCGUCCCCUACAUGGUGAAGCUGCUGAGGUACUAUGUGAGCGAGGACACCGUGUACCUGCACCUGGAGCACGUCAAAGGCGGAAGGCUUUUCUCCAAACUUCACAAGCUCCGUAACGAGAAGACCAGGGCGGCCCCCGAUCGCACACCUUCAGGCCAACACAACAACUGGACGACAACCUGCCACACAUCACCUGCGACCAGCACAGAUCUCCUCAGCGAGGGGCCGGAGGGGAGGUCCUCAGGCGGUCCCAACAGCCACAGGCCCGACGCAGACUUCAUGCAGAGACUGGACAACUGCCGGACUCACUCUUACAUAGAGGAGACCGGCUGUCUACAGAGCACCCGCACCUCCUUUUUCACAAUACCCGACAAACUAUCUUUACAGUCGGGACCUUCCAAGACUACACUUAACCCUCACAUCCACCCACCAGCUCCCAGUUUGUGCUUGCAGUCCAGCGAAACUCAGGAAAAGCUCGCUCUUCCUCUGUCCUGUACACGGAUAAGCCAGGCUCUUGAUGCCAUGUCGGGACUGGACAAGAAAAGGGCUGGGACCGGGCUAGUGGAGUGCAGCACGGAUUUCGAAACAGCCUGGAAAGCCACGGAAAAAAGCAACGAAAAGACGCAUCUGUACUCAGUGGCUGACGAAUACACAGACAACAAAACAUCCCUGGACUCCUCCUGGACUUCAGCUGCGUUCUGUAAUACUGUAGACGGGAAGCAGGGUUUAAAGUUGUCUAACACAGAAAAGGGCAAGAAAUCAGGUGCGGAGGAAGCCAAGGGAGCUCCGGGUUCAGGGUGGUCGUGGUUUGGGAGUACGCAGCAGCAGCAGAAGCAGAAGAAGGAGGAGAGGCUGGAGUCGGACAGCUCAGACGGACGGGGAGAGGACCAGGUCAUUGAGGUGGAUGGGUGGUGUCACUUGCCUCGCAUGGCGGUGAAGACGACCUCAGAGCAGAGAGCGGAGGAGUGUUGGGGGCUUCCGGAGGCUGAGGCGCGAGUGUGGGGGGCUCAGAUCCUGCUUGGUCUGGAGAGUCUGCACGAGCAAGGCAUCAUCUGUAAAGACCUGAACCCUCGGAAUGUCCUGCUCACAACCAACGGGAAAGUGUGUUUGACUUUUUUUGGGCAGUGGAGCGAGGUCCAGACAGAACUGUGCUCAAAAGCCAUAGAGCGGAUGUACUGUGCACCAGAGAUCGGUGGCGUGGCAAGAGUCACAGAGGCGUGUGAUUGGUGGAGUCUGGGGGCUCUGUUGUUUGAGCUUCUAACUGGAAUGCCUCUGUGGCAGCUUCAUCCUGCGGGAAUCCACUCACACACACAACUGCUGAUCCCAGAGCACCUGAGUGCUGCGGCCGCCUCUCUGCUCACAGAGUUACUUCAAUAUGAUGCAGGUUAUCGUCUGGGCUCAGGAGGUGGAGGAGUGAGUGACAUCAAAUGCCACCCAUUCUUUAGCGCCAUCUCCUGGAAGGCUUUAAGCUGCUGA